CUUUGGCUGGGGACUCUCUCUCUUCUCUCUCUCUCUCUCGAUCAAGAUUUCAGGUCAUUUUUACAGAUCGCCAUGAAAGGAUUAACGUUUUCAUCUCCUUCCUCGCUAGCAAUCUUCUCUCCCAAACCUAAACCACAGCCUACAAGAUUUCUUCGAUUCACGGUCCCUUGCAACAGUAAUGGAUUCGGAUCAGAUCUCACAGGAAAUUCAAGCGAUAAGAGCAUCGAUCCGCUUAUCGUAAAUCGUACUCUUUCAAAGGAUGAGGCGAUGGGAUUGGUUCUUAGCGCGGCGUCUGUAGGCGGUUGGAAAACAGAUUCUGGUUUAGAAGGACCUUCUGUACCUACAGAGCCGGAAUCCGGUACUUCGCGAGUCUCUACCUUCCCGUGGUCUCUCUUCACGAAAUCUCCUCGUCGGAGAAUGCUCGUCGCGUUUUCUUGCAACGUUUGUGGUCAGAGGACGACUCGUGCCAUUAAUCCUCAUGCUUAUACUGACGGAACCGUCUUCGUACAAUGUUGUGGAUGCAAUGUUUUCCAUAAAUUGGUGGACAAUUUGAACUUGUUCAAUGAUAUGAAGUGUUAUGUGGAUCCUAGCUUCAAGAACCCUAAUCAAGUGAGUAAUAGUAAUAACAAUGUUACCUUCAAAUAUAUCGAUAAUGAUACAGCAGCUGAUGAUGAUGAUCUUGGUGAGGAUGAUUUGGAUGAAGGAGGUAACAAUGGCAUCUUUCCACUCUUUUGAGGUUGAACAAAAAUACUGAAAAAUCCUCUCUUUUUUUGUGUGUAUAUAUUUGAUUCUCAUAUACAAAGUAGGUUUUCUUCCUUUGAUUAAUUGUUCUUGACAAGGCAAAUGUGGAAUUAUUUUUAUACAACACUAAUGGAUAUAUUUAUGUACUAGUUUCUUGUAAACCCUUAUAUAAUGGGCA